GACCAAAAUUUCCAAAACCCUUUACGUACCCACAGGUGAUCUGAUUUCCUUCGUAACGAACAUCUUCUUCCUUAUUUCAGUACGCAGAGGGAGGCUGGUUUUUUCUCAAAAACAAAAAAUUUCAGUCGAAUCCAUUGAAGGGUCUCUGAAAAAGCAGAGAGAGAGGCUGCUGAGCAGAAAUGUGGGGUUGGAGGAAGUAAGAAUCCAGAACACGAAGAAGGAUGAGAGAGGUUGAAGGGAGAAGGCUUUGCCAGGAGUUUUCAGCGGGGUAUUAUGGCCUUUGCACGCUUGGAGGAAUGCUCAGUGCUGGGACAACCCAUCUUGCUAUUACGCCUUUGGAUGUCUUGAAGGUCAAUAUGCAGGUAAAUCCAAUCAAGUACAAUGGCAUUUCCUCUGGUUUUUCAAUUCUUUGGAGGGAACAAGGUCCUUCAUCCCUUUGGAGAGGCUGGUCAGGCAAGUUAUUUGGAUAUGGUGUUCAAGGAGGGUUCAAAUUUGGUCUCUAUGAGUACUUUAAAAAGUUCUACUCUGACUUGCUGGAAGGCCAUAGCAGAAGUUCCAUAUACUUCCUCAGUAGUGCUUCUGCUCAAGUUUUUGCUGAUGUUGCUCUCUGUCCCUUUGAAGCUGUCAAGGUCAGAGUCCAGACACAACCCUAUUAUGCCAAAGGUCUGGCCGAUGGCUUUCCAAAGCUAUACUACAGUGAAGGUCUUUCGGGUUUCUACCGGGGGCUUUUUCCGCUUUGGGGACGAAAUCUUCCAUUCUCCAUGAUUAUGUUCUCAACGUUUGAGCAUUCGGUGGACUUCAUAUAUCAAAACAUUAUUCAGCGGAGAAAGGAAGACUGCUCGAGAACUGAACAGCUCGGUGUUACAUGUUUAGCUGGAUAUGCAGCUGGAGCUGUUGGUACUGUUGUCUCAAACCCAGCAGACAACAUUGUUUCCUCUCUCUACAAUAAGAAGGCUGAAAACGUAGUCCAGGCAGUGAAAAACAUAGGAUUAAGCAAUCUAUUUACCAGAAGUCUUCCUGUCAGAAUUACACUUGUUGGUCCUGCUGUUACUUUGCAAUGGUUCUUCUAUGACACCAUCAAAGUGCUAAGUGGACUGCCAACUAGUGGAGGGCUAAACAGGCAAUUGGAAGAAGCUAACCUAUCAACUUAAUUGAGUUUUCUGGUGAAGGGCAGAACUGCAACUUUGAGAAUAUCAAUAACCAGGUUCAUGAAAAGUGGAAACAUGGCAAUUUUAUUACCUUGUAUUGCCAUAAAUAAGUUAAUUUUUUUACUUUCUUCUUUUGUCUUCUUUAUUCACUUUUCACUACUAGCUUCAGCCUUGGCUGGUAAACGGGCAAUUCAUAGAAAAAGGAAAAAAAGGAAAAAAAAAAAAAAAGGUCAACCCCGGAUCAAAUCUCAUAGUCGGUUUGUCAAUCUCACGAUACGAGCAUCUGAAUUCCCACGCUUGUUUUACAGGAAUGUAGGAUACCCAGACAUUUCAAGAUGCUCAAGUAUCUUUAAGAUACCCCUAAAGAAUAGUCUAAGGAGUUUUUGAUGCCCUCUUAAAGCGUGAAUUUAUAAAAUUCCCAUGUUGAGGUCAUCUUCUCAUUACAUUUUUGCCCUUCAUAACCUUACUUGAAUCGGGUUUGCUCUAUGCUAUGCAACUAGUAAAUCACUCUAAGUUUUGUUACAGACAAGUUUAUUUGAUAGUUUUAAAUCUUUAUUAGAAUAAUGUUUUUUCGUCGAUUUGUAGUGGCAGUUGUAUAUGGUGAAUUUUAUAUAGAAAUACAAUCCGUUAUAUAUACAAUA